GUACGGUACAUUGCGUCCUUUGUGUGCUAAUUUUAUCCCGUUUUACGUUUAUAUGUCAUUCUUUAAUUGUUACAUAGCUUUUUUGAUACUGUUUUUGAUAUAUUUACUAGCAGUGGCUUAAAAGCUUGUGAAGGCUGUUUUACACGUAAAGUAGACUCACAAUCAGCAGAGUUACACCAAUGGAGCAAUCAGCAUGUGAAUCCAGGUUAGCCAUCGGCCUGGUUAUCGAUGCACCGGAUGGGCUUUCAAAGGCUGAUUUUAACUUGUCACAGAGAAAAUUUCUGGAUACUCUGUGUUGCUACAAAUCUUUGGGACUGAGUUUCUGUAUGGUACCGACAGUGAAUGUGGAGCGGGAGAGAGAAAAGCCGCGCAUGUGUGGUUCCAUGCGCUAUCUGCAUUUGGCGCGGUUGCCAGCUUGUAGUUGCGGUCAGAAUGGCGGAUCGCAUUUGCCGCUCAAUAUGGAGUGCGUGUAUCCAUCCGAAGACAGAGUAAUGACGCCCGGAGAUGCUGAAUUAUUGUCCACGGACCCUGAUAAUCGAGUUUGUGUGAUGUUACCGUACCAACCGGAAAAGGAGUUUCAGGUGACGGAAAACGCCGACAUAGUUUGUAACUCGGAGAGAGGGAACGUUUGGGUGGAAGUGAAUCUCGACGGCAGUGUGGAAAAGUCUACUGAGGAAGUUUGUCGGAACGAAAGAGUGCUCUCACCGGAAGCUGCUCUUCGAUAUUUUCAUCAGUUGAUGAUAAGCACCAGAUAUCACCCUAGAAUAUACGCUGCCCUGGCGUUGCCGCGUGAUCUGUCAGCUUACAACGAACGUCUGGAUCACUGGGUCAGCGAGCCGGUAGACUGCGUUGUAGUGACCAGUGCGGCAUUUGUUCCCGGCGAGAACGGACGGAAUGUGCUGCACAUGAAAGAAUUGCAUGACUUAUUCCUGAAAAAACUUAUCACCCUGAAUCGCUGUGCGGUUUUAUUGCGAUUGCAUCCUAAUGAACUGAAGGAAAACCUGAUCAAGCGGUUUGUGGAAACUUUACGCGAUCGUUAUGCUUGCUGUGUGCCCACGCGCCGCUGUCGCCGUUCUGAGCGCUUGUAUGGCACCAUGCAACCAUUGCACGAUAAUCUUUUGCCGGAGCAAUACCACGGAUUCGAAACUGAUGUCAGAAAAUACGAACUUUAUGAGGCUGCUAUUGGCGAAGCUAUGAAGUUUUUACGCACAAAGAGGUGGAGCGCAGACGUCAAAGCAGUUCCGCACGAGUUCGUGGUAGCGGUUCUAGGAUGCGGAGGUGGCGCAAUUGUCGACCGCGCCAUUGCUGCAGCGGCCGCCCUUUCCGCAAAAGUACGGAUAUAUGCCGUCGACAAAAACGUCAACGCAAUUACACUUGCGACGGCGAAGAAAGGAUGUUCGUGGAAAGACGUCGAUGUGGUGAUUGUGCAGAGUGAUAUGCGGUACUGGCGAUGCCCGGAAAAGCUUGAUAUCAUCGCUCAUGAAAUGCUCGGCUGCUUUGCUGACGAUGAAUGCUGUCCGGAAUGUUUAGCCGUACCGCAGAAGUUUCUGCAGCCGGAUGGAAUAUCAAUUCCAUCGACAUAUUCCAGCUACCUUAUGCCAAUUUCCUCGACCCGACUGUACGGAGAAGUGCUUAACAGCUCCAGCCGGCUGCUGGAGCAUAUGCAAGCAUUUUACCCGAACCAGUUUGACUUUUUGGGAUUUGCUUCGGAAGCUCGGGUUUUCUCGUUUCACCACGGUCCGGACGCUUUAGUUGCGGGUUCACAAAGUUGUCGAUUGGAGUAUGUAGCGCUGACCGACGGUCUUCUGCACGGAUUUGCCGGUAGCUUUGAAGCUGUGCUAUUUCGAAACAUCACUUUUUGCACUGGAAUUGGGAGACGGACUCCAGGACUGCAGUCGUGGAAUACCGUGUACUUUCCGCUGAUUCAGCCGGUCUUUAUCAACAAGAACGAUCCCAUUCAUUUGGAGUUUAGCCGUCAUGUAGGAACGGCAGCUGUAUGGUAUGAAUGGAAACUUGUGGAACCUAAAUGUUCCAGAAUUCAUAAUUUGAAUGGAACGAGGCUCACCUUUCCGCUGACUGUGGCAAAAGCCACAGAACCGAAUUUGUGCGAAUACUGACGACUCGUGUGCACUACCCGGCACCUGGAGCGUUCCUUAAACCUGUGUCAUUACAGUAAUUGUUUUCUGUUUUCCUUCUGUUUUGCGGAUGAUCGUGUAUUUUGGUUUUGCGAAUGGAUGUCUUUGUGGCCAGUUAGUGUCCGGUGUCUUGACACACUGACGACAGUUCUUUUCACUAGUUACUAGCUAGUGAUUUUAUACCAUGUGUUUGAAUUUCUUGAGUUUGAAUUUUUGGGGUAUGGAACGUUGUCACGUUAUUGUUUCACUGGAUAGAAGGUUUUUUGAG